AUGCACACGAUCACAUCCGCCCGUCUCGACAGUGCGGCCGUUGUCAUCUUUGUAAAGAUCGGCUUUUUACAGAGCAGGCCCGGCCCGGAGCUAACCGCGGCCCGUCUCCCUCCCGAGGCCCAGCGCACGGCUUUACGAACAGACGCGCGGGGAAGCCGUCGAGCCUCGGGCCGUCCUCUCGCGCCGGACGCGCAGCCCGCCGCGUUCCCGGGCGCCGGCGGCCGCCCCGCGCCAGACCCGCCCGCCCCGCGCCAGCCCGCCCGCCCACCCCGGUCUCCCUCCCGCCGCGCCCGCAGAGUCCCUCCCGGUGAGCGCGCCACCGCCCACUUCGCCCCUCGGGAAAGUGCCGGAGCCGCCGCUCUGGGGACGGCGCCCUCACCGCUGCCGGCACGUCUGCCCGACAGCGCGCCGGCCGCACUCGUCAGCCCCACAGCCCGGCCCCUCCGGCCGCCAGUGGCCUGGGCUCCCGCCCACACCCGCGCAGGGCCGCCCGGCAGACGCCAGCGCCGGCGGGAAGGCUGUCGCGAGCCCGGGGACGGGCACGAGGCGCCCGCGGCCACGCAAGCAGACACGGCGCUGCCCCGGGACGCGGGGGACGACGAGGGGCGGCCCGCCCGGCGCGGCUGCGGACGCGGCCCAGAGGCGGCGCGCGCGGGGGAGCCGCUGCCCGAGCCCCCGUCCCGACCGCCGUCCCGGACCCACGGGCCCCGCUGCGGCCCUCCUCACGCGGCCCCCGCCCCGCGACCCACUUCCGACGCGGCCCACACGCGCCGCGUCCACACCGCACGCGAGCACCACGGCGCCCUGCCGGCCGCAUCAUUCUCGACGGCUCCGGCCGGCCCUGGGCGCGCCGCGGGGCGCGGGUGUCAGGGCGGCGGCCGCCCCCGGAGCCGUGAGGACGGCGAGCGGCCCCGCGGCCCGGCUCCUCCCUGGGCCUCCCCGCAUCCGCGCCCCGCCGCACAGGGCGCACGCCGGCCGCCCCCUCCAGGCCCCGCUCCUCCGCCGCCCCCCGCGAUGGAGAGUCCAGCCCGGGCCGGCCGCCCAGGGCUGGGGACGGCGCCGCGCAGGCCCCGCCUCACCCGGCUGGAGGCUGGAGCCCGAACAGAGGCAGACCCGACGUGCGGGUCCAGGCGACGUCCCCUCAGCGCCCGCCGCCGUCGCCCGCCGCCACCAACAGUUACAGGCCGCGCGCCAACGGUUAUCCCGCCCCGGAUCCCUCCGCGCCGGGACUUCGCGCCCGACGCUGGCCCGCAGCGGACCCCGGCCCUCCUCCUCCCACAGAGCCGCGCCGCCCGCCGUCCCCUCGGCGUCUGCCGUGGGCUCCCACGCGUGGGCGAUUGCGGGACGCGGGCGGAAGUGGGCACAGCCCUCUUUUUCUGGGCGGAUGGACACUGACUACAAGGGGUAACUGUGCUGCACGUGACACUGAGUAACGGCGCAGCGGAAGGCGGGCGUGCGACGCGCCCUGAUUGGCUGCCCUGCGGAUGGCAGUUUUCCGCGGGCUGCAGGUGGAGGCGGGGCCGGGUCAGCCACGCCCAGGCCACGCCCCAUCCCGGCAAGGCUCCGCCCAUCCUGGCAAGACCCCGCCCCAUCUUGACGAGGCCCCGCCCAGGCCUCGCUUGGUCCCUGGAGCAUAAGCACAGGCAGCUGCUGGCCUGGAGCCCCUCUCAUAAAGAGCAGGAAGGACCCGAAGCCACAGGCAGGAUUAAAGGGCUGAUCUAACCCUUAGAUCUCAGCUUUAAAGUUGUAAUGUACAGUGAAUUUGGUUACAUGGAAAAGGAAACAGUAAUUGUUGAAGUAUGUUUUCUUAAGCUACAGAAUAAUUUUUGAAAUGCUUGCCUUUAAUCCGUAGACAGGCUCGUGUUUGAGAAAAUAUUAUCUUGCUGCUCAGGGUGAAUCUGAGCGUCUGAAACACUGGAUCUUGGAGCCACAUUUUGUCAUUUUUUCAAAAAAUGAAAAGAUGACUGGCCUCCUAGGAUAGGGUUUGAAAGGUUGCUUUUUCUGGCUACUGUAAUUCCGCUGCUUCGGUUAUGGGCUGUCGGAAUGGUUCAAUUCCUCGUGCUUCUUACUAAAUAUUUGAGACAGUGCCCUGGCUGUUUUUUUAAAGGCACCUGUGAGCUCACUGUGAUGACUAGCACUCUGUCUAAUUGUGGUUGGGCAAGAAGGUGAGGAUGGAGAGAGCACGACCUACUCAUCAGUAAUUAAGUCCUAUCUCCCCCCUCCACCCCAGUUCAUGCCCCACCCCCCGUUCACCGGUCACCUGGGAAGAACAGGGGUUCCAGGACCCUGGGGGCUCCGCACCUGAAUUCUGUCUUUGCUGCUUCCCAGAUCUGAGCCCUCAUGCAGUUUAUUCAACCUUCCAAGCCUCAGUUGUUGUUGGGAGUAUUGGAUGCUUACAAUGAUCCUUUAUUGGUGAAGUGCUUGACACCCGACACAACGUGCACCUGGUCUAGCACAGCCUGCUGGUCCUGUUGUGACCUGCAGGGCUCUGAGCUUCCGGACAGAGGGAGUGCAAGGGCUCUUUAGAGCAGUCUGCACACUAUCGGGAGGGGAGGACCAUGCGGUGUUAUUACUGUCUGCUUCCAACAUACGACAGACUGCCACUUUUGUAAAAGACAAUAAAAAUAAAUUCCCAGAAAAGUGAAAUGAGAAAAAACACAGAUAUACAAAAUACGAACUCAUUUUUAAAAAGUGACAAACAACACUGUUAAAUGCAAUGGUGCUUACUCCCAGUUUCUGUUCUCAUCUCUUGCCAACAAACAUCUGGGUGGUGCUUUGUUAUGGCAGACCCAGGAACUAACACAAGGGGGUUAUUAUUAUUCUCUAUUGCAAAUCAGGAAACAGGCGCAGAGAGGUUAAGUAAUUUGCUUUUGGUCACACAGCAAGUGGAAGGGUCAGGAUUGGUGCUCAGGCAGUUGGAAUUCACUGUUGAAGACCAAGGACACUUGUGUAGGAGAGUGACAAAGAGCAUGGAGUCUGGGGCCAGGUUUUGAAUCAUGACACCUACCGCAAAUUUUCCAUGGGCAGAGACUGGAGACUGAGACACUGCUUAGGAUUCUGCUAUGACAAGGGGGAUUGAGAAGGAUAGACAGGAAAGACUGUGUGGAGUUCAAAUUUCCAAAACUUGAAAACUCAUUCAUUUAUACACAUAGAAAAAGAUGGAAUCCUUCCCAGUUGGUUUUACAAACCAGCCUAAUCUUGACUCCAAAACCCAAUAGUUCAAGAAAGAAAAUAGAGAGCACUCUUUCCCCUUUACAAUUAAAGAUCUCUAAAUCCUAAAGAAAAUACUAGAAAAUCAAAUUCAGCACUAUGCUGAAAGAUAAUGCACCAUGGCCAAUUAAGGCUUAUUUUGAUAAUGCAAGGAUAGCUCAUUAUUUAGAAACUUAUUAAUAUAAUUCAUCACAUGAAAUGGCUAAAAAGGGAAAACCAUUUGAUUAGCUUGGUAAAUGCCAGGGAGGUAUUUGAUAGAACACAAAGAAAACUAGGAAUGGAAAGAUCCAGUCUUGGCAUGAUAAGGAAGAUUCACCUUAAACUAAUAGUCAUCUUCAUCCCCAACUGUGACAAGCAGAGGCAUUCACACAGGACCAGAAUCAAAGAUUUAAAAUAUCACUACUUAUAUUUGAUAAUGUUUUAGCUAAUCCAAGAAGACAAGAAAUAGAAAUAAGAAAUAGAAAUAGCAAAAAGGAGCAGACAGAAAUAGAUAAAUACGUAAGAAGAACCUAAAACUUUGCUGAAGCCUAUGCAAAUAAAUGGAGAGAAAUCCAUAUUCCUGGACAAGAAUAGUGAGUAUUGCAUCAUUUUCUCUAAAAUAAUGAAAAUAUUUAACUCAGGUCCAGUGCUAUGAGCUUGGGGACUAAGUGAUUCUAACCUGCAGAGAGAAGAGUAGACCAGCCAGCACAGGUGUGCUGGUGGCAGCUGAUGCUCUCCCUCAGCAGGACACCCAGAACACACAGCGCCUCUGGGACCUCGAACCACGUCCAGCCUGGCAGUCACCUCCCGCAGGCUCUCGGCACAGACACUGUGGGCUCCAGGCCCCUGCACAUGCUGGCACCCCCCUUUCUGCAUGCCAUUCACCCUGCCACCACUUGGGCUCAUCUGUGCCUAAGUGGGGGGCUUCCUGCUGGCCCAGUAACUGGGGAGGGGCCCUCCCCUGUGUCCUUCCCUGUCCUUUCUCUUGCAGUCCUGGGUUCCCUAUAUUUUAUAAUUACCAUAAUUAAGAUUUUAUUUUUUUCCUU